ACCAACAGUCCACAUUAUUUAUCUCUCUCCGUUGCUUCACUCUAACGUCACGUUACGCCUUACACCCCUCUCCUUCAUCAAAGUUUACUGUUCAACAACGAAAAGCAUUUCUCACUUCUUUCUUUCCUCCCAUUAAAUUCUCCUUCCUCCCAUUUUCCACAUUCAUCACAACAAUGACGAUUUUCAAACUCUUCCUUCUAUUUUCUUUCCUCUCAUUUUCCUUUUCUGAAGAAACCCCCAACCACCACGCGUUUCCUCGUCCCUUAAUUCUCGAAUACGCUGAACUCGAAGAAGAAGAAGUAUCGUUACGCUGUAGAAGUUGGAGAUUCGCGGGUGAAGCGAAUAAUUUGAGUCCAUGGAAAACUGUGCCGAAAGAAUGUGCGGAACAUGUGAAGGAGUAUAUGAAUGGAAAAGGUUAUGUAUAUGAUUUGGAAAUAGCGAAUAAAGAAGCUGGUGAAUUUGCGAAAAGUGUUAAGCUUAAAGAAGAUGGAUUAGAUGCUUGGGUUUUUGAUAUUGAUGAGACUUUGUUGUCUAAUUUGCCUUAUUAUGCUGCACAUGGUUAUGGGUUUGAGGUGUUUGACCAUGCCAAGUUUGAUGAUUGGGUGGAGAAGGGGGUAGCACCAGCCAUAGAAGCCAGUUUAAAGCUUUAUGAAGAUAUUUUGAAUCUGGGGUAUAAGGUCAUUCUACUUACAGGGCGGAGUGAAAGUCAUAGGGCUGUUACUGUUGAUAAUUUGAUAAAUGCCGGGUUUCGGGAUUGGCACCAGCUCAUAUUAAGAUCCUCGGAUGAUAAAGGAAAACUAGCUGUAAUUUACAAAUCAGAGAAGAGAAGUGAGAUGGAGAAAGAGGGAUUCAGGAUUCUUGGAAAUUCUGGUGAUCAAUGGAGUGAUUUAUUAGGUUCUUCAGUUUCUGUUAGAUCCUUCAAGCUUCCAAAUCCCAUGUAUUUCAUUGCUUAGCAAUGCUCAUUUGUUUGCAAAUAAUUGCUCUAAAAAACUUUGAGCUGUACAUAAAUGGAAGUUACUAAUUCAUAUAUGGCACAUGCCAUUGAUAACCUGUAAUUGUCAGCACCAAAAGAAAACUUGUAUACUUUCCAUUGGCGUAAUUCAACCAUAUAUUUUCAAGUACAA